CAGCGGAUCACGGCUGCCUUCCUGGUAUUUGACGAAGAAAAUAUCAAGGCCGUGGAUUCCCGAGAAGUCGCCGUCAUUGUUCGCUCCCUAGGAUGUUGCCCUUCGGAGAGUGAAAUGACCUCCAUAUUGCUGGAAUUGGAGGAUCAGGAGACCCCAGGUUCCGUCCAUCUUGAGCGAUUCCUUCCGAUCAUGACUCGAAUCAUUGCCGAAAACAGGUUCCUUCCGGUAGAGCCUGGAAAAAUGUUGCAGGCCUUCAAGACAUUGGAUGCAGAAGGAAAAGGAUAUCUGAGAAAGGAGGAAAUAUCCGGAAUUAUGGCAAGCCAGGGGGAAGCUUUCUCAAGUCAAGAGAUGGAAGAAAUGCUCUCGGCAGCCCUGUCUCAUGACGACGAGACCAUCGAUUACGAACACUAUGUUAAAAUUCUUGCAGUGGACCGAGACGAUAUUCUCUACGAUUCCUAA